AAUACAGGUCAGUUUCUCAAGAGCCAAACUUGAUAUUAAGUUAUUUAUCCGGUGGUUAAAAGACGGGCGACCAACAUUCUUCCAACACAAUGCAACACAGCGUUUGGCCUGCAGUAAACAGAGGUCAACCAUUUGUCUUUCCUUACAGGACAAAGUACAGUCAUCUGGAUAAAUGUCCAAAAUACAUAACUUAGGACAAAGAGGUACAGGGGAAGUUGUGAUCUGAGAGAUUAUCACUGAAUCUCUUCACAACUUAUUUUUACUUAUUUAUUUUGGAGGAGAGGUCUCAUUUAUUAUGCACUAAACCCUGUGCAACAAAGUUACGAAUACAAAUUACUUUAUUAAUUCACAAGGGGAAAUUCACCUGACAUUCCUGACACUCAGUUUUUGCAUAUCCAAAUCUAAUGUUGUAACUGUCACACUUAUAACAUAGAUCAAGUACAUUAGGAUCAGACUGUAGAUGUAUGUUCGCAUUAUUCAGGUUUAACGCACGUUUUUAAUGAAGUAUUCUUUCUAAAGCGGAACCAACGCUCACGGACGUCCGCUGUCGGAGCUGAACGUCGCGACACAAAGCGGGAGCUGCCGGAACCGCUGCAGCUGAGUUCUUCGUAAAACUCGUUUUAAUCUUUAAUUAACCUGUCGGUGGUUCCGUCAGUGAUCACUGAAACAUGUCUUCACCUGAGAGUCUGAGAGAGUUCGUCAGAGAGCGGCUAACUGCUGCUGCGGAAGAAAUCUUCGGAGUUUUUCAGAGAACUGUCACCGAGUACGAAGCGGAGAUCCGGCGUCAGCGCAGACUGCUGGACGCGGUCUGCAGACCCGAGGUCAGGCUGCACAGGAUAGAGCUCCCACAGCAACAUGUCUGUCAGCAGGAGGAGACGCUCACUGACCAGGAGAGGAGCUCCAUUGAACCUCCACACAUUAAGGAGGAGGUGGAGGAGGUCUGUAGCAGUCAGCUUGAACUGAAGCUGGACAGUGACGCCUUUAUGUUGACGCCAGGGAGUGAAGAGCAGCUCUGUAACCACGAAGGGAACUUAAAUCUGCACCGAGAUGACCGCGAGGUUCAACGGGACAUGAAGGAAGUCUGCACCGGCCAAGAGGGGGAGCAGUUCAAGCUGAGCCUGGACACCUCCAUGUUGACUCAGCCGUAUGAAAAAAGAGACCAGGAGAGGAGCUCCAGAGAACCUCCACACAAGGAGGAGGUAGAGGAGGUCUGCAGCAGUCAGCCUGACCUUCAGCCAUAUGAAAAAAGAGAGCACACUGAAUCACAAAGUGACGAACAACCCCUCUUUGAUAACUCUGAUGAAGGUCAGAGCACAGAUGAGGUCAGAGACGGUGAUGAAGACUCAACUCAAAACGCAGCGCCGAAACCAAAACCAAAGAGAGGACGUCCGUCUAAUGCAGAGAGACAUAGAAAGUCUUUUCAGCGUGACACCUGUGAGAAAGAGUUUAACUUCGAGUACGAGUACGAAGAAGAAACUGACCAGCAGCGCGAGCUGCUGGAUGUGGUCUGGAAACCUGAGCUCAGGCUGCACCGGAUAGAGACGCUCACUGACCAGGAGAGGAGCUCCAGAGAACCUCCACACAAGGAGGAGGUGGAGGAGGUCUGCAGCAGUCAGCCUGACCUUCAGCCAUAUGAAAAAAGAGAGCACACUGAAUCACAAAGUGACGAACAGCCCCUCUUUGAUAACUCUGAUGAAGCUCAGAGCAAAGAUGAGGACGGAGACGGUCCUGAAGACUCGAAAACUCGAAAUGCAGCGCUAAAACCAAAGAGAGGACGUCCGCCUAAUGCAGAGAAACAUAGAAAGUCUUUUCAGUGUGACACCUGUGGGAAAGAGUGUAAAUCCAAGUACAGACUGGACAAUCACCUGAAAAUGCACACCAAUGGUGUGAAGCUGUGGUGGUGCAACAUCUGUGGAAAAGGUUUUGGUCUGAGGUCAGCGUUGAACGAUCACAUUAAAAGCCACCCAGGUGAGGGGCAGUAUUUCUGCAGCACCUGUGGGAAAGGGUUCACAUACCGCAGCCAUCUGAGUAUCCACGCUAGAACCCACAGAGGUUUGAAGCUGCACCUCUGCAAGAGGUGCGGGAAACCAUUUGCCUUCGACUCAGCACUGAAGGUGCACAUGAGAACUCACACGGAUGAGCGUCCACACACGUGCAAAACAUGCGGGAAAGGAUUUCGUGCCUUAUCGUCGCUGGAAAUACACAUGAGGACUCACACAGACGAGAGGCCGUUCUUGUGCAAAACAUGCGGGAAAGGCUUCAGACAGCGUGCUCACCUGACCGCCCACUUAAGUACUCACACCGGCGAGAAGCCGUACCCUUGCGAUGUCUGCGGGAAAAAUUACGGCAGUUUGUCCAUCCUGUCGAAGCAUCGAAAGAUGCAUGCAAAAAGUUUGGAGGCGACCGUGGAUCAGCGGUCGAUGCCCACCGCUCCAGUCAAUAUGGCAUCUGUCAUUUUGAGUUUGUGACCCUGUGCGUGUGCCAGCCUGGGUGGGUUAAAUGCCGAGAAGUAAUUUCACGUUUAACAUGAUUAAUAAAGUUUAUUGGUUUUUCAGAUAUACAGUAAAGGAGACGUUCCGUUCAAGAUGAUUUGUUACAUAGAACCACGUGGGAAGGACGGAGUUCAACGUCUGUCAUGGAGGAACAUUUAGUGGUGAGGAGCCACACGACUCCUCAAAAUACAGAGGAGAGACCAUCGAGCUGACGUGCUGUUAACCCUCUGAGUGAAAUCUACUUUUGCUACAUCUGUGUGAAUUAUUUUAUAGUUCAUGUGAUAGUAAUACUCACACAGUAUUACAGUAUUUCUGUAAAACAAGCCUAACCUCAAAUAACAUGAAGUGAAUUAGAGCCUGUCCGAAAUAUAAUAAAUUAUAUUUUUCAAAAAACAAAAAACAAACAGCGUCUUCAGCUUUUUCUCAGUCGUUCUAAGUAGUGACUCUCCAAACUUCAUGCUCUGGUAGGUGUGAGGUGGAUUAUGGCUUUUUCAGCUGAUGUUCCUAUCUGUUGAAAAGUUGCAUGAGUACUGUAACUUACAU